AUGGAAACAUUAGGGUUAAAAAACCACAAUCCAAGCCCUAACCCUAGCUCUAACCCUAACCCUGACCCUAACCCUAACCCUGACCCUAACCUUCUUCUGAUGGAAUCCAGCAACAGUAUCCCUCAAACAAGGACCAUCAAAACACUUGCCACAACUUCCCACAGUCUGCCUAGUUUGAUCUUGUCUCGAUCUAGUCAAGAAAAUCUGAUUAAAUAUCAUCAAAACCUCCUAAAAUCGGCAAAGACCUACCAAGAAUGGUUCGAGACAGCAAAUGCUCUAGACUGCACACAGGGUCUUGAGGAAUGGCAGAAUCUUCACCAAUCGUCUGAUUAUGAUUGGGAAUUGAUCCAGACACGUCUAAGUCAACUACAGGCUACUCGUAAAUCAAAUCCCUCCAUCAGCCAAACCAUUUUUCAGCUUCAAACAAAUAUGACCCGUAACCUUGGAGACAUGUCAAGCCCAAAAUUGUACAGCAAAUUCCUCACAGGAACAAAGAGUUUGAUUAAUUCAUACCUCGAUGAAGUUGUCAUGCAACUCAAUUGGAUAUGCGAUCAUCCAAUCGACUCAGAUCAAGAGUCAGAACUGACAUUUGAAGCAAAGCAUACAUUUUUUAUGAAUACACGCCAAGUAUUUGGUCGAACUGCAAUUAUGCUUAGUGGAGGUGGUCUGUGUCAUCUUGGUGUACUCCACUGUCUGUUCAAAGAAAAGCUCUUACCACGCAUCAUAUCCGGUACAUCGGCCGGAAGUGUAGUCGCAGCGGUCGUGUGUACAAGAACAGAUGAAGAUCUAGCAAUAUCCUUUGACCAUAUUUCUGACUAUAACUUUGAAAUGUUUGAAGAGAUUGAGCACCCUGAUACUCCAUUAAGACGGCUACAAAGACUAUUGUCAAAAGGAGGGUUAUUUGAUCCCGAGGUUUUGAAAAAAUCGAUUAUAGACAAUGUUGGAAACGUUACAUUUCAGGAAGCUUUUAAUCGAUCUCACAGAAUUCUCAAUAUAGCUGUCAGUACAAAUACACUACAUGAUAUGCCACAGUUAUUGAAUUAUCUCACAGCACCAGAUGUGCUUGUUUGGUCUGCAGUGCAAGUACAUAUAUUAAGCUCUUGCGCAGUGCCUUUUAUCUAUGCACCUGCACAACUAAUGGCAAGAGAUAAGAACGGAAACACAGUUCCUUGGGACCCAUCUAACGCAAAGGGAUACAUGGACGGAACAGUAGACAACGAUCUUCCAAUGGAAAAACUAUCAGAGUUAUUUCACAUAAACCACUUUAUAGUCUGUCAAGUAAAUCCACAUGUGUGGCCAUUUAUGUCUAAUAGCCACACGACUCAAGCUAGUCAAAUGAAGGAGAUCGGUGUGAUGCCGCUCUUGUUUCACAAACUUAAUGCGGUAUUUGAUCAAAAAUACACCGGUGAUAUUACGAUUGUGCCUGAGCUUGGCAAGAUGGAUUUUAUCAGGGUCUUGUCGAACCCAACAACAUGGGAUUUAGAAUCAUUUAUUAUGUGUGGAGAGCGAGCAACAUGGCCGAAGAUGGAAAUUAUCAAAAACAGUUUGAGGGUUGAAUUGGCAAUAGACGCUAUUCUAUACCGCUUGAGAUUAUCCCAGUUCUCUGGUAUUGAGUCUCAUCAACUCAGUUUACCACUUCUUGACCACCAUGAACCUUGCACGAGUGACAUCGAGGGCGUGGUUUCCGACGACUGCCGCGCUCAGAAACCGACCCGAGCAAGGCCUGGUCUGGCAAAACAUCAUUCCAAGAGUGCACACAUUAUACGCCAGUAUUCAGAAUCCGCUAGCUUUGAACAAGAAUCAGGUGGUUCCCAAACCAAUCCUAAAGAACAAAGAAGGAAGGACAGGUCCAAGGAUCGAAAGCUGAAAAGAAAGCUUUACAUGACUGUGAAUAAUACAUAA